AUGGAGGACGCGGAUGGCGACGACGUCGCGCCCACGGAGGCGAUGAUGGAGAAGGCGAGAAAGUGGCAAACGCUGAACGCGAAGAGGUAUAGUUCGACGAGAAAGUUUGGGUACGUCGAACCGGCGAAGGAGGAGAUGCCUCCGGAACACGUACGGAAGAUCAUUAAGGAUCACGGGGACAUGUCGAGUAGGAAGUUUCGGCACGACAAGCGCGUGUACUUGGGGGCGCUUAAAUUCGUCCCGCACGCGGUGUACAAGCUCCUAGAGAAUAUGCCGAUGCCCUGGGAACAGGUGCGACACUGCUCGGUGAUUUAUCACAUCACGGGCGCGAUCACGUUCGUGAAUGAGACGCCGCGAGUGAUAGAGCCGGUGUUCAUCGCGCAGUGGGGGACGAUGUGGAUCAUGAUGAGAAGGGAGAAGAGAGACAGAAAGCAUUUCAAGCGCAUGCGGUUCCCGCCGUUCGACGACGAAGAACCUCCGCUCGAUUACGCGGAUAACUUGUUGGACGUCGACCCGUUGGAGCCGAUCAAUAUGGAACUCGAUCCGGAGGAGGAUGCGCACGUGGAGGAGUGGUUCUACGACCACGCUCCGCUGAAGUGGACCAAGUUCGUCAACGGCUCGAGCUACCGCAACUGGCAGCUCCCGCUUCCAGUGAUGGGUAACUUGCAUAGACUUGCGUCGCAGCUACUGAGCGAUUUGACGGACAAGAAUUACUUUUACCUCUUCGAUCACAAAUCCUUCUUCACCGCCAAGGCGUUGGGGAUGUGCAUCCCGGGUGGUCCAAAAUUCGAGCCGCUUUUCAGAGACAUGGAUCGGGCGGACGAAGAUUGGAACGAAUUUAACGAUAUCAAUAAGCUCAUCAUUCGCAGCGCGCUACGAACGGAAUACAAGGUGGCGUUUCCGUACUUGUACAACAACCGUCCGCGCAAGGUGGCGCUCGCGACGUACCACUCGCCGAUGGUGAUGUUCAUCAAGACGGAGGAUCCGGACUUGCCAGCGUAUUACUAUGAUCCCUUGAUCCACCCGAUUGCGUUUUAUAGAUCGAACAAGGACAAGGCGUCGACGUCGCAGGAUGACGAUGAGAGUGAUGAGGAAUUCCAACUUCCGGUUGGCAUUGAGCCUUUCUUAGAAGAGACGCCGCUGUACACAGAGAACACGGCGAGCGGCAUCGCGUUGCUGUACGCGCCUCGGCCGUUCAACCUUAGGAGUGGGCGCAUGCGCCGCGCCAUGGACGUCCCGUUGGUGAAUAACUGGUUCCACGAGCACUGCCCGUCGGGGUAUCCUGUCAAGGUGCGCGUGUCGUACCAAAAGUUGUUGAAGAGUUUUGUGUUAAACGAGUUGCACAAGCGACCGCCAAAGUCGACCAAGCGGCGAAAUCUCUUCGUGGCGCUCAAGAAGACGAAGUUCUUCCAGUGCACGGAGCUCGACUGGGUCGAGGCGGGUUUGCAAGUGUGCAGACAAGGCUACAACAUGCUCAACCUGUUGAUUCACCGCAAGAACCUGAACUAUUUGCACUUGGAUUACAACUUCAACUUGAAACCUGUGAAGACACUGACGACCAAGGAGCGUAAGAAGAGUCGAUUCGGGAACGCGUUCCACCUUUGCCGAGAAGUUCUUCGUCUCACAAAGCUCAUCGUGGACUCAAACGUGCAAUUCCGCCUCGGCAACAUUGAUGCGUAUCAACUGGCGGACGGUUUGCAGUACUGUUUUUCUCACGUCGGUCAACUGACGGGGAUGUACAGAUACAAGUACAAACUCAUGAGACAGAUCAGAAUGUGCAAGGAUCUCAAGCACUUGAUCUAUUAUAGAUUCAACUCAGGUCCAGUUGGUAAAGGUCCAGGCGUCGGCUUCUGGGCGCCGAUGUGGCGCGUGUGGCUCUUCUUCUUGCGAGGCAUCGUGCCGUUGCUCGAGCGCUGGUUGGGCAACUUGCUCGCGCGCCAAUUCGAGGGUCGUAAUAACAAGGGCAUCGCCAAAACGGUCACGAAGCAGCGCAUCGAGUCACACUUCGAUCUCGAAUUGCGCGCCGCCGUCAUGCACGACAUCUUGGACGCCAUGCCUGAGGGCGUGAAGCAAAACAAGGCGCGAACGAUUCUCGCGCACCUUUCAGAGGCAUGGAGAUGCUUCAAGGCUAACAUUCCGUGGAAGGUGCCGGGGAUGCCCGCGCCAAUCGAGAACAUGAUUCUGAGAUACGUCAAGAGUAAGGCUGACUGGUGGACGAACGUCACGCACUACAACCGUGAACGGAUUCGUCGCGGUGCGACAGUGGACAAGACCGUCUGCCGCAAAAACCUCGGGCGAUUGACGCGUCUGUACCUCAAGGCAGAGCAAGAACGUCAGCACAACUAUCUGAAGGAUGGUCCUUACGUAACUCCGGAAGAGGCGGUUGCGAUUUACACGACAACGGUGCAUUGGCUCGAAUCGCGCAGAUUCUCUCCGAUUCCGUUCCCGCCGUUGUCCUACAAACACGAUCGAAAGCUUUUGAUUUUGGCCCUUGAGCGUCUCAAGGAGAACUACUCAGUCGCCGCUCGUUUGAACCAAACCCAGCGUGAAGAGUUGGGAUUGAUCGAGCAAGCUUUCGACAACCCGCACGAGGCGCUGAGUAGAAUCAAGCGACAUCUGUUGACUCAGCGCGCGUUCAAGGAAGUGGGCAUCGAAUUCAUGGACCUAUACUCGCACUUGAUCCCGGUCUACGAGAUCGAACCUUUGGAAAAGAUUUCAGACGCGUACCUCGAUCAGUACAUCUGGUACGAGGCCGACAAGCGUCAGCUCUUCCCCAACUGGAUCAAGCCGUCCGACACGGAACCUGCCCCGCUGUUGGUGUACAAGUGGUGCCAAGGGAUCAACAACUUGACAGAUGUUUGGGAAACGAGUGAGGGCGAGUGCGUGGUGAUGUUACAGACACGAUUUGAAAAGAUGUUUGAAAAGGUCGAUCUCACCCUGCUCAACCGUCUCAUGCGUUUGAUUGUGGAUCACAAUAUCGCCGAUUACUGUACGGCAAAGAACAACGUCGUCAUUUCGUAUAAGGACAUGCAGCACACGAACAGUUACGGCAUGAUUCGCGGCUUGCAGUUUGCCUCCUUCAUGACGCAGUACUACGGGUUGGUUUUGGAUUUGCUUCUCCUCGGUUUGACGCGUGCGUCAGAAAUUGCGGGUCCGCCGAACAUGCCGAACGAGUUCAUUUCAUACCGCGAUGUCGAGACCGAGACGCGGCAUCCCAUCCGUUUGUACUCUCGCUACAUUGACAAGGUGCACGUCUUGUUCAGAUUUAAUGCGGAAGAGUCGCGCGAUUUGAUUCAGCGCUAUCUCACCGAGCACCCGGAUCCGAACAACGAAAACAUGGUAGGUUACAACAACAAGAAGUGCUGGCCUCGCGACGCGCGAAUGCGUCUGAUGAAGCACGACGUGAACUUGGGCCGAGCUGUGUUCUGGGACAUCAAGAACCGUCUGCCUAGAUCGUUGACGACGCUCGAGUGGGACAGCGGUUUCGUGAGCGUGUACUCUCGCGACAACCCGAACUUGUUGUUCUCCAUGUGCGGAUUCGAAGUUCGAAUCUUACCCAAGAUCCGCAUGGCGACCGAGUACUUUGCCAACAAGGAUGGCGUAUGGAACUUGAGCAAUGAACAGACCAAGGAGCGAACUGCUCAGGCGUUCUUGCGCGUCGACGACGAAGCUCUCAAGGGAUUCGAAAACCGCAUCCGGCAAGUGUUGAUGUCUUCUGGAGCGACUACGUUCUCAAAGAUAGUCAACAAAUGGAACACCGCGUUGAUUGGCUUGAUGACGUACUACAGAGAGGCGACGAUUCACACCUCUGAGCUUCUCGAUCUGUUGGUGAAGUGCGAGAACAAGAUUCAGACGAGAGUGAAGAUAGGUUUGAACUCCAAGAUGCCGAGCAGAUUCCCGCCCUGCGUCUUCUUCUCGCCAAAGGAGAUCGGCGGUCUCGGUAUGCUUUCGAUGGGUCACAUCUUGAUUCCCCAGAGCGAUCUGCGAUACAGCGUACAAACCGACUCUGGCAUCACGCACUUCCGAUCUGGAAUGACGCACGAAGAGGAUCAGCUCAUUCCGAACCUCUUCCGCUACAUCCAACCCUGGGAGGCCGAGUUCAACGACUCUCAGCGCGUGUGGGCUGAAUACGCGUUGAAGCGUCAAGAGGCUCAGGCGCAGAACCGACGUCUGACUCUCGAGGAUUUGGAAGAUUCAUGGGAUCGCGGUAUUCCGCGCAUCAAUACUUUGUUCCAAAAGGAUCGUCACACACUUGCUUACGACAAGGGUUGGCGCGUGCGAUUAGCCUUUAAGGAGUAUAACCUGACGAGACAAAAUCCGUUCUGGUGGACUCAUCAACGACACGACGGCAAACUUUGGAACCUAAACAACUACCGCACUGACGUCAUUCAGGCUCUCGGCGGCGUUGAAGGUAUUCUUGAGCACACUCUCUUCAAGGGGACUUACUUCCCCACGUGGGAAGGCUUGUUCUGGGAAAAAGCGUCAGGAUUCGAGCAGUCCAUGCAGUACAAGAAGUUGACGAACGCUCAGCGCAGUGGUUUGAAUCAAAUUCCGAACAGACGUUUCACUUUAUGGUGGUCCCCCACGAUCAACCGCGCCAACGUGUACGUCGGUUUCCAAGUGCAGCUUGAUUUGACUGGAAUUUUCAUGCACGGUAAGAUCCCGACGUUGAAGAUUUCGUUGAUUCAAAUCUUCCGCGCGCACUUGUGGCAAAAGAUUCAUGAGUCUGUGGUCAUGGACAUGUGCAACGUGUUUGAUCAAGAACUCGACUCCCUUGAAAUCGAGACGGUUCAAAAGGAGACUAUUCACCCGCGUAAGUCAUACAAGAUGAACAGCUCCUGCGCAGACAUCUUGCUCUUCGCAGCUUACAAAUGGUCAAUUUGUAAGCCAUCUCUCAUGGGCGACACGAAUGAUGCGUUCGACCAGAAGAGCUCGAACAAGUUCUGGGUCGAUAUUCAACUUCGUUGGGGUGACUUUGAUUCGCACGACAUCGAGCGCUACACGCGCGCAAAGUUUUUGGAUUACACCACAGACAGCAUGUCCAUUUACCCGUCACCAACUGGCGCAAUGAUUGGCAUCGACUUGGCCUACAACCUACAUUCAGCGUACGGUAACUGGUUCCCCGGGUGCAAACCUUUGGUGCAGCAAGCCAUGGCGAAGAUCAUGAAGGCGAAUCCGGCCUUAUACGUCUUGCGCGAGCGCAUCCGCAAGGGUCUGCAGUUAUACUCGUCCGAACCGACGGAGCCGUACCUCAACUCGCAAAAUUACGGCGAGCUGUUCAGUAACCAAACUAUCUGGUUCGUCGACGAUACCAAUGUGUACCGCGUGACGAUUCACAAGACUUUUGAGGGUAACUUGGUGACCAAGCCAAUCAACGGAGCGAUUUUCAUCUUCAACCCGCGCACUGGCCAACUCUUCCUGAAGAUCAUUCACACGAGCGUGUGGGCUGGUCAAAAACGUCUCGCGCAGCUUGCGAAAUGGAAGACCGCGGAAGAAGUUGCGGCGCUAAUUCGUUCGCUUCCGAUCGAAGAGCAACCGAAGCAAAUCAUCGUCACGAGAAAGGGCAUGCUCGAUCCACUUGAGACGCACAUGCUUGAUUAUCCAAACAUCGUCAUCAAGGGAAGCGAAUUGCAACUGCCGUUCCAAGCUUGCAUGAAGAUUGAGAAGUUUGGUGAUCUAAUUUUGAAGGCGACGGAGCCGCAGAUGGUGCUCUUCAACAUUUACGAUGAUUGGCUGAAGACCAUCUCUAGCUACACCGCUUUCAGCCGCUUGAUCUUAAUUCUUCGCGCCCUCCACGUGAACAACGAGAAGGCCAAAAUGAUGUUGCGUCCAGACAAGAGCGUCGUCACGCUCCCGCACCAUGUGUGGCCAGACCUGACCGACGAGCAGUGGAUCAAGGUUGAAAUCGCGCUCAAGGACUUGAUCUUGGCCGACUACUCGGCGAAGAACAACGUCAACGUUUCCGCGUUGACGCAAAGCGAAGUGCGAGACAUUAUACUCGGUGCCGAGAUUACGCCGCCGUCCGUACAACGCCAAGAGAUUGCAGAUAUUGAGAAGCGUGGUCAAGACGCGAACCAACAGAUCGCUGUCACGACGAAGACCACCAACGUCCACGGCGACGAGCUCAUCGUCACUACGACGAGCCCUUACGAACAGGCGACGUUUGGAAGCAAGACAGAUUGGCGCAUUCGGGCAAUUAGCGCCACCAAUCUGCACUUGCGCGUUAACCACAUCUACGUGAACAGCGACGACUUGAAGGAGACCGGUUACACGUACAUCAUGCCGAAAAAUGUGUUGAAGAAGUUCAUCAUGAUAGCAGACUUGCGAACACAAAUCGCCGGCUAUAUGUACGGAGUCUCCCCUCCAGACAAUCCGCAAGUCAAGGAAAUUCGCUGCGUCGUGAUGCCGCCGCAGUGGGGUAAUCACAGCUCGGUGAACUUGCCGUCCGCGCUCCCGGAACACGACUACUUGAGCGACUUGGAACCGUUGGGUUGGAUCCACACUCAACCAAAUGAGAGUUCGCAGUUGCAACCGCAAGACUGCACGCAACAUGCUAAGAUUUUGGAGCAAAACACAUCUUGGGAUGGUGAGAAGUGCAUAAUUUUGACGUGCUCGUUUACGCCCGGUUCUUGUUCGCUGACGGCGUACAAAAUCACGCCGGGUGGCUACGAGUGGGGACGAGCAAACAAGGACAUGACGAGCACGAACCCGCAAGGAUACUCUCCGGGACAUUUCGAAAAGGUGCAAAUGCUUCUUUCCGAUCGUUUCUUGGGCUAUUAUAUGGUUCCGGAUGGCGGUUCGUGGAACUACUCGUUCCAAGGCGUUAAGCACUCCGCAGGCAUGAAGUACGCGCUCAAACUCGGAAAUCCGCUCGAGUUCUAUCACGAAAAGCAUCGACCGACGCACUUCCUAGAAUUUGCCUCGCUCGAAGCGGAAAAACCAGAGGAGACGGCGCCGAUGGAUCGAGAAGAUGUCUUCGCAUAA